UGCGCGUUCCUCCCGUCAGGCUGUAUUUAACAGCCCAACUCGUCCCCAUGGUGCACCCGCCUUUUGACCGCCAGGCUCGUCCUCGCACCGUGUGGAGUGACCGGUGAGAGGAUUCGUACCUCCUUUUUCCAGAAGCCGCAUCCCCGACACUCAGACCUCCCCUUCUCCACCCCACAGACCCCCCGGGGAACACUACCGCGAAACAUGGGCCAGCGACACAACAGAAGACGCACCAGGAGUAGGCCUAGAAACCACGACGCCCAAGACACAUUUAAGUCUGCCCGCGCGCGCUCUUUGCUGCUCUACACACCCACCACUGUGUCCUACUCAACCCGUCCAGAGCCUAGCUCUGGGCUCCUCCCGGAAUACCAAUCCCGCUUCGACUGCCCGCCCGCAACGACCGGGCACCCACCAUCUUCGCCAUGGCCUGCUAGAAUGCAGCAAGAGACGUUGCGCUUGUUCGGCGGCGAAAUCGGCGACGAGGCGAGCUUGUGUGCGCCGAUGCUGAAGGUCGUGAUGGAUCUCUUUGACGACAUCGACUACGUGGAUCCCUGAACGCGCGGCCCGUCACCCCACGACUUCAAUCCUCCCCAAGCAUCGAGCCGCAACACUCCAAUGGCCGAGCUUGUUCCUCUGCGACUGUGCUACCCCCUCUAAAGCGCUUCGAGCCUUUGCGCAUGUCUGCAAUA